GUGCCAUGUCACACACUGGAGUGCAGCCAGGUGGGGGUGAGGUGGCUGUGGCGGCUCAGAUGAACGCAGUCACCCUGGUACUGGGACUUUUCAGACCUUUUAAGCUUAGGCAAUGACAGCAUUUAGUUCACCGUGACCUGGGCCAUAGCUUGGUUCCUCAUAGUCAUGUGUGGUGUUAUCUUCCUUCUAGCGUGGGAGAUGCAGAGUCCAGAGAAAUGCAGUGGUUAGCUGUGUGUGUUUCUUUGAUCUUACUGGAGAUUUCAAGGGAUGGAGUAGUAAUCACAUAGGAAUAAUCCUAAAGAAACUGGAAAAAAAAAAUCCCUAAUAUAAAUUCUCUUUCAACUUGUGCUUAAAAUUUGGUACUAAAGACUAAACACCACUAAUGGCCCAAAACAUAGAUUUCUCAGACUGCUGCUACACUGGUAUCCACAGGUAUCCAGAUAAUUUCUCUCUGAGAUGUUGGUAUAUUUGUCAUCCUGAACCCAGUUCGGUGGAUUCCUGCAUGGGAUCUACCAAAUGCUAUGAGCUUUGCUUCAUUAUCAACCCAAUAAUUCUGUGUCAUCUCCCUUACUAGGUAGCUAAAUCUAUUUUUGAAGAUUUAAGUGAUAAUUCAUAUUGGUCAUCUACAGACAGGACAAAGAACACUUUGUAGAAGGAAGUCUGUAAGACAGUAAACCAGAUAUGUAUGUACAAAUUACCAUAUUCUGGCCUUAGUAAUUUUUCCUCUAAGUUCAGCAAUGUAGAGCUUAAUUAUAUGAGAUGUUACUUGAAGCAAAAAUACAGAGAUAACACACAGUGAAAACAGCACUGAAGAGCAUGGUCAGCCUGCAAACCAAAACUGUAACUGUGAAAAGGUUGUAUGUGAGAAUCAGAACUGAUCUUCUGUGUACAUCAAUGGAAGUAAGUGUUUGCAAGAACAACAUCCUGAGUGCUACAAGAGGCAACAAAAUAGUAGGAAAGUCAGAUUUUAGAAAGGGAAAAGAUGUUGCCAGAUUUCAGGCUUUUAACAGCUAUUGUAUACUUUUCAGAUAAGGGAGGUAUUUGAGUCUUACUUUUGGCAGCUUGAUUAUACCUAUAAACUCUAUAGGGGAGGUUAAAUUAAAUGCAAGUGUUAAUGAGUUAGGGAAUUGGGCAGUGAUUCACUGAGAAAACACUAGAGCAUUCCGUAGGAAUUUACAUUGAGAAUGCAGUAUGCUUCAGCCACCAGAAAGAACUUUCUAUUGAAUUUUAAAGAAUCCUUCAAGAACUGCAUAGUUUGAAGAACAGACUAUUUUCAUUUCGUAUGGCUUUGUUAAUAUGUACCUGUAGUAUUACCAUAGCAUGGCCCAUUCUAACAUCAUUUCUUCAGUUUCUUUCAACAUUUUGAUAAAGCCUGUGAAGAUCCUUCUUGGAAGAUGAAUUGUGAAAUACAGAAAAUGAGGGAAGUUGCCCUUGUUUACCUUGACAGAAGUGGCGGCCUUCAGAAAUUUGUGCACGAUUGCAAAAAAUACAACGACUCAAAACAAAGUUACGCUGUUUAUCGUUUCAUUAUUUCAAUAAAUCCUUCUGAUGUUGCUGAACUAGAUGCAACUCUUGGAAACUACAUUCUUCAUAAUCCUAUACAGGGUGCACAGAUUUUUCAGUCAGUAUGCUUCAUAGCUAUUAAAACAUUAUCAUUAAUUGAUCAACUGCAGACAGAGGCCCAGAUUAGUAUACUGCUGAAACCAACCCAUUUGCCACCUUUACCGAGUUAUGUUCUGAGUCUUUCUGCGUUUCCCUUUAAUUACACAUCUCAAAGAUUUUAUAUGUCAGAAGGAAUAGCGAUUGCAAUGGGAACUUUAACAAAAUACACACAAGGAGCAAGAUUUCUUUGUACUGAGGAAACCUGCCCAUUUUCUGAAGGGUUCAGGUACAUAAGAGUGCAUCUGCCUGGAGCUACAGAAUCUGCCACAGUGAGGAACGAUUUUGUGUGUAGUUUGUGUUUGUCACCACUUCAGGAGGACAUGAAAUUUAGAGUACUUGGUGACAAACAAAUAGUCGAAAUGAUUGAUGCACAAGUUCUUAAUGCUUUGAAGGGAUAUUCCAAUGAUAAAUCACAUUUUACUAUGCAGACAUUUACACUUUUCUUGAGAGAUGAACUGGCCAAUAAAAUGAAAAUAGGAAACCACUACAGGAUUAUAGGAAUUCCAGCCUGUGUGCAAAAUGGCUUCCAAGCUACAGCAUGUAUAGAAGUCAAUAGCAUACAGCUCUGUAAAGCAAACGGUCCCUGUUUUGUCAGUGACAACUUUAAGUAUCUGCUCUCGCUGACUUCAGGCUCCUGCUGGAGGUUUACUGCCAUCCUUGCCAAUAUCUUUGCUUCUCAAGUUGUGCCACCAGGCACUCACAAUACUCUUAAACUUGCAAUAUUGCUGAGUCUGGUACAGACAUGUGAAAGAGAAAAUGCAGAUUAUCUGGAUCUGUUGAUUGUGACAAGCGACACGCUAGUCAUUGAUAGGCUUCUGAAUUACAGCAUAUGUCUUCUGCCUCGUGGCAUACGACACCCACCUUCCAGUGAAAUUUUUCCUUCUGUGUCCAAAGAUAAACAUGGAACUGGACGUGCUAGUAUUCAAGCUUGCAGUGCUGUGCUGGCUAAGGGUGGUAUCUGUUACAUAGGAGACUUGUCUUCGUAUAGAAAGGAUAAACUUGAACUUCUACAGUCUGUGCUAGAGAGCAGAACGACAACAGUAUUCAUUCCUGGGAAGAAGUAUGGAGAAGAAGCUGACCAACAAGUUGCUGUUCCAGUACAGACCAAUUUUUGGGCUUUCGUAGAUGUGGAUUCUUCCUCAAAGAAACAUAUACAAAAGGACAACUUUGUAAUUGGACAGAUGGACAUGAGUUUGAUUCCAGCUAAUCUUCUGGAUGGCUUUGGGCUUUUGAUAUACAGCGAGUUUCCCUCGUGUCGACUGUCCUCUCCUCUGGUACGCCAUAUCUUGAAAAAAGCCAUUAACCCUGAAGCCAUGCUGUACAAAGUCUCACAGCAGUUCAGAAUGCAGGAUUAUGAGGAGUUUAUUUUGUUUGCUAAGAAUCUUCAUGUUGAACUGAGCUCAGAAGCAGAAAGCCUCAUUCAGGGCUACUACCUCGCAAGUCGCAGAGUGAGAAGAGAUUCUGUUCAUGGAUCAACAUUAUCAGCAUCUGCACUAAAACUUCUAAUCUCACUAUCUAAGGCUCACACUAAACUAAGUUUAAGGAAGAAAGUACUUGAGGAAGAUGCAUUGAUUGCCAUCUUGUUACUUGAAUCAUCUCUUACCCUAAAACAUGGCAAGUCUGCAUUAUGCAUAGCACCAAAUCCUAUAUUUCCAUUUGACCUCACUGAUGAAAACUCCCUGCAACAGAGAGAUGGUUACCUCAUGGAGUGUCAUCAGCAACUGCUCAAGUUUAUUGGUGCCUAUGGCCCAGGAAUGCACAUUAACACUAAUGAAGAGUAAACUUUACUCUCAGAGGGCUGGUUUUCUGUGACACUGGACACUCAACACGCCAUGAGAUGCAGUGAAAGUCUCAGCACCUCUGAAAGACCU